GUGAAGACAACACUUUUUGCUAGACACCAACUUACGCUCACUUCUCUACAUUUGUAGAAAUGGCUCUUGUUUCUGUUCUGAGAUAUUUAGAAGAAUCCCAGGAGCGGGAAAAUUCAUCAGCAGCUCUGGAAAAAAGACCACAGUUCUUAGAGGAGCAACAUCUAUUUGAUGAAAUCCCGUGCCGAAGGGACGACGAAUGGUCUCGACCUGUUGCCGUAAAGAAGAGAUCUCCUGCCAAAAACCCUGGAAACCAUUGUGAGUCUCUGGCAAACAAUAGACAGCGCCUACAUAAAAGGUCGAGAGACGAGUCACUACCAGAGUUGACCUGUCACGAGGACUCUGCUAGCCAGAACUUAACAGAUCUGGUGAAGCUAAUCACCCCAGGGAGCAGAUUUGGAAAGCCCACUCAACCAUCUGAGAAGAUCUCAAACGGAGAAUCUCAGACAACGCCACGAGCACCAAGCAGCAGGAACAGACUGCGUUUGAUUAAAAGGCCGAGAGACGAAUCAGUACCUGGAAGACCUGUGCAGAACACAACACCUCCUGCAUCACCAAUCACAAUCACAAUCACGGACAGUCCGGACAUAGGGGACAUUGGCCAUGAAGAUUUGAGAGAUGCAACGGGAACAAUCACAAACAAUUCUUUGAAUUCCGCCCCUGCUGCCGAGGAGUCAGACAUGGAGAACUGGACGGAGGCACAGAUCCAAUGCUACUACGCACAUAGUUUCAGCGUGGGCGAUCUCCAGACAGCGGCAACAACCACCUGCAGGCCAGUAAAUCAAGUGUAUCUAUACACUUUGCUGCAAAAAGGGAUGUUGCAUGCUGGACUGACCCACUGGAAUCACGUACUGUAGGCACACAGUUAUCCGUGAGGACUCCACAGCCUCGCAGAAGUACAGAUGUCCAGGCUGCUGUGUCCUGCAAGGAUUUUGGUGUUGGGGCAUCUGUUGCUACUUCUGCAGAUCCUCUUUUUCAUCAACAUCAGCAAAGAGACUUUCAAAGAGAUAUCGUCCGGACCUGGAGGAGAAGGACAAUCCAUUAGAGGGCAGCUCUUCAGUGGAAGCUUCACAAGCUAGAUGCUACCUACAGUAUUAUUCUGCAGACUCUGUCACAGCCUUGAUAGAGUCAACUGUUUUGUCAUUAGUUACUGUAAUUUAUCUGUGUGUGUGUGUGUGUGUGUGUGUGUGCUCUGCAGACUCUGUCACAGCCUUGAACUGUUUUGUCAUAAGUUACUGUAAUUUAUCUGUGUGUGUGUGUGUGUGUGUGUGUGGGUGUGUGUAUUGACAACAGUUUACCAGCUGAAACUAGCGUAGAAUGAUACAGUCCUGAAAUAAAUUCCAUGUUCAUGACGUUUUUCUUUUAAGUUAUUAUAUUUAAAGAAUUUCAGACAGAUGCAUGUUGAUCUUCUGAUGUAGUUUAGGCUCAUGCUAAAUUUUAUUACAUUAUACUGUAACAUUUACUUUUGUUUUUCACUGGUGGGAUUGCCUGGCUUUGAAAAAGAACAACUUCUCUCUAAAAUGCAGUACAGUUCAAUUGCACUGCAAAUGAAAAAAUUA